AUGCCGGUUGUUGGUGGGAAGAGGGAUGAUUGGGAGAGGAGGUGUGUGCUUGAGGGGGCGGAGUGGGUGUAUGAGGCUGUGAGGGAGUGUUGGGGGGUGAUCAUGGGUGAGAAUCUUAUGGAGGAGGAAAAUGACGAUGGAGUCGGUCUCGAAGCGGGAGACAGACGCAAUAGUAGGAGGGGGUAUGAGGUGCAUGGAUACGCAGAGGAGAUGGAUCGAGACGGCGAAGACAGAGCAACUGAGGAUGUGCGAAAUAAUGGCGCAGAGCACCGCACACCUCAAGACGAAGUAGAGUCUGAAAGAGGUUUAGGGACAGAGGGGUCGGGGCGUGCUCCUGGGACGAUCGAGUUUGACGAACUCGACGACGAUGACGAGAUUGAGCCUGACGAAGGAGAAGACGAAUCCAAGGAGAUGGAACGCGAUGGAGCAGAGGCGCAAGUCGUGAUAUGUUUGCUGCGCUUGCUGCGACGAUGGACCGAGAUGCAGAUCGAGAAAGCAGUGAAAGAGGCCUGAAUCUUGAUGGCAAGUGCUGCU